AUGCCGUCGUCACCGUCAUAGACACUACACCCUUUAGCCCCGACGUACUUCGUUGUAUUACCACCCGAACGACGGACCUUCGUACGGACGCCACACCCGCCCUGUAGGGCGCCACCGGCGUGUAUUCCGUCACACAAACACACACGCGAGCAACGGCAAGCAUACAAAUAGAAUGGCUCGUAGUGCACCGCUGGUAGUACUUUCAGCUCUGAUAUUCCUUAAUUACUGUUCGAAGCCAGUGAUAAGCUGGCCGGCGACCAACCAAGACGUUUCCAACAUGUCGCAGCCCGAUUACGAUCAGUACCUUGGCGAGUAUCUAAAGCCCGGUGAAAGUUUAGCUCUGCUACUGGAUUACGAUGGUACUCUGGCCGAGCUUACGACCCAUCCGAACCUGACACAGAUGAGCGAGGGAAUGCGGCAGUCCUUGCGCAACAUCAGCAACAGCGGCAAAGCCUUCGUGGCGGUCAUCUCCGGGCGCGAUGUGGAUGGUGUGAAGGAGAAGAUCGGCUUGGACAACAUUGUUUAUUCGGGAAACCACGGGCUGGAGGUGCUUUACCCAAAUGGUUCGCGUGAAAACCAAGGCAUUCCGAAGGAGGUGGCCGAUAAUUUCGACAAGAUGAUUGAUCAUCUCACUCGGGAGGUCGUGCAUCACGGAUCGUGGGUGGAGAACAAGCGUGUCUCGAUUACGUUCCACUUUCGCGAGGUGGAGCAAAAGUACAUCCCGGAAAUGGCAGCACGCGCGACGAAGAUCAUCGAAUCGUACGGUUACAGGGCCAAUCCGGCCCACGCUUCGGUUGAAGCCAAGCCGCCGAUUCAGUGGAACAAGGGAUUUGCAGCGGAGUUUAUCCUUGGGACGAGCUUCGACAAAAACUGGCGCCAACGGAAGGUGAUUUUUGCCGGCGACGACACCACCGACGAGGACGUGAUGAAGAUGAUCAAGGGCACGGGAAGGUCGUUCCGGGUGACGAAAGAUAAGGACUUGGUGACGAACGCCGACCAUAAAAUACCGUCCGUCGAUGCGGUUUAUCGCCUGUUGAAGUGGAUUGAAUCUCGAAUCUGCGAGUGAACGCCACGCGGAGGACACACACUUGUCGUAAUUGGUGGCAAAUAAAAGCCUAUCGUAUUUGUUUGACGAUUGUGCGAAAAGGACAGAUUGAAGUUGUUUGUAAACAAAACAUGCACUUUAUCAGCUGUGCGGCAGCAGUGAUAACUGCAUCUGGUGCAUCAAAACAAUACGUGUGUUUUACGAAAAAAAUUCACACAGCGCGAUUUAUGUUGGUAUUUAAUGUUAAAAGUGUUGAUUUUGAAUAAACU